AUGACUGGAUAUGGUCAAGACGGGGUAUUCAGUGGACCUCUGAAACCCAUGACAUUUUCUAUAUCUGAAGGUGAAGAAAGAAACAAUCAAGUUAUAUUUCAGUUUAAGACUGAUGCUACCGACGUGACAUUUCAGUUAAGUGGUGAGACAGAUAACAUUUUUUAUAUUCAUCCAGACGGAAUACUGUAUUAUACUGGAAUCCUGGAUAGAGAAAAUAAAGCUGUCCAUAUACUCCAGGUAGAAGUCUUGGAUGCUGGAGGGAACCUAGUAGAGGGUCCGGUUACUAUCACAAUUGUAGUUGAAGAUAUUAAUGACAACCGUCCGGUCUUUCUCCAGACACAAUACAAUGGAACUAUAAGGCAGAAUUCACGCCCAGGAAAGCCUUUCAUGUAUGUCAAUGCUACAGACCGGGAUGAUCCCAAUACUCUCCAUGCCCAGCUUUUUUAUCGAAUUGCCGUCCAGCUUCCCAAGAUAAAUGAUGUGAUGUAUUUUCAGAUAAACAACAAAACAGGUGGAAUUUCCCUUACCCGAGAAGGGUCACAGGAAUUAGAUCCACUAAAGAAUGCACGUUAUGACCUGGUGGUUUCUGUCAUGGACAUGGGAGGUCAGUCAGAUAAUUCUUUCAGUGAUACCGUACCUGUGAAUAUUAUUGUGGAAGAGAACAUUUGGAAGGCACCAGGGACUAUCACCCUUCAGGAAAACUCUACUGAGCCUUAUCCUAUCAAAAUCACUCAGGUGCAGUGGAAUGAUCCAGGUGCUCUCUACUCCUUAUUUGAAAAGAAGCCAACUAGAUUCCCAUUUUCAAUUGACCAAGACGGAAUUAUUUAUGUGACUGAACCCUUGGAUAGAGAAGAAACGGAUUCGUAUGUCUUCUAUGCAACUGCAAAGGAUGAGAGUGGACUCCCCCUAGCAAGACCAUUAGAAAUUAAUGUUGAAGUUACAGACAUUAAUGACAAUCCUCCUGUUUGUCCUGCUCCAGUGACAGUAUUUGAGGUCCAGGAGAAUGAGAAAAUAGGCAGCAACAUUGGAGCUUUCAUUGCCUAUGACAUGGAUCAAAAAGACACCGUUAAUAGUUUUUUACAGUAUGCAAUUGCAGAGCAGAGUCCCUUGAUUCCAAGUGAUGGUCUCUUCUCCAUUCAAAGUGUUGAUGGAAUUAUCCAGUUAGCUAAAGGAUCCUUAAGAAAGCAAGACCAAGCUCAGUAUUAUUUAAAAGUGCAAGUGUCAGAUCCAGCUUUCAAGACAAUCUGUAACGUGACAAUAAAUGUUAUUGAUAUCAAUGAUCAGAUCCCCAUUUUUGAAAAAAACGACUAUGGCAAUUUGACUAUUGAGGAAAAUAUUGCCAUUGGAACAACAAUUCUCACCAUCCAGGCUACAGACGGAGAUGAGCCAUUUACUGGGAGCUCCAAAAUCCUUUAUAAUAUUAUUCAGGGGGACCCUGACAGACAACUUGUGAUCGACACUGAUCCCUUGACUAAUGCAGGAUAUGUCAAGAUAAAUAAGCCUCUUGAUUUCGAAACAGUGUCAAUGUACAAUCUUGUGAUCAAGGCUGAAAAUCCUGAGCCACUCGUUGAUAAUGUGCAAUACAAUUCAAGUUCCUAUGCAAAAUUUGUUCUUAUGGUGUCAGAUGUGAAUGAACCUCCUGUAUUCUCCCAGGAAUUGUACCAAGCACGAAUAUCUGAGAAUGCUGAGAAAAACACUAAAUUGAUAAUGGUGAACGCCACUGAUCCCGAGGGAGAGGCAAUAAGUUACUCUCUGAGUAAGGAUACCCGAGACUGGCUGAGAAUUGAUGGAGUCACUGGUGAGAUCUUUACCAUGGGAAACUUGGACAGGGAAACUGAAAGUAUUUAUCGAGUGAAAGUAAUAGCCACUGAGAAAGGUGGAUCCUAUCUAACUUCCUCGGUAGAUUUUGAACUAACCCUUCUGGAUGUGAAUGACAACCCUCCUCGUUUAGCAAAAGACUACACUGGCUUCUUCUUCUGCUAUCCACUUACUACACCAGGAAGUGUCAUUUUUGCAGCCACUGAUGAUGACCAGCAGCUACCUUGGGGUCCACAGUUUGAUUUUUCCCUUGGCAGUGACGGGUUGCAGAAUGAUUGGGAACUUUCCAAAAUCAAUGGCACCCAUGCUAAACUUUCUGCAAAACACAUUAAUUUCGAAGAGCAGGUGUACGAAGUUUCAGUUAAAAUUAAAGACAGUGGUUUUCCGCCUUUAGAAAACACAGUCUCUUUCCCGGUCACUGUGUGCAAGUGUGCUUCCAGUGGAUACUGCUACCGGGAGGCAGAUUCUCUUCCUGGGAUACCCACAUUAGGCAUGGCAAUUGGCACCCUCCUGACAGUUUUUUUGAUCGUUGGUGUGAUUUUAACAGUUACAUUUGUCUGUUUGAAGAAAAAGAAGAAUCGAAAUGAAACCAAUAUUGAAAGUUCUCAGUCACCUGAAAACGUACCUCUAAGGACAUGA